GUAAAUUCGCCAAGUUUUUUUGGCGCAUCACUGAAGGCGGAGCAGCCAUGGCAAACUCCAAAAUCAGCUUGAAGCUUCUUAUUGACACAAACCGUAACCAAGUCGUCUUCGCUGAAGCAGGAAAAGACUUCGUGGAUUUUCUGCUUCGCCUCCUCUCCUUGCCUGUGGGUAGAGUUGUUAGGCUCAUCAAAAAAUCAGCCAUGACUGGCUGCAUAGCAAAUCUAUAUGAGAGUCUUGAAAGCCUGAAUGAAUCGUACCUGCAGCCUAACCAAAACAAGGAUUCUCUUCCGUGUCCCAUUAUAGUAACUAAAGUCACCAAUUCCAGCUUCCUGCUUCCUUACUCAAAUAAAAAACCUGAAAACCAGAAGUUAUACUAUUGCUCACAGCAUCCAGGGUACGUGUCAGAUGUUUUUAACUCUAUUUGUAGUCACUGCGCAUCACCAGGCUAUCCUCGUUAUAGAAAUCAAAAAAAGAAGUUUCUUGGUACGAGUGAUUCUACCACUUCCUCGGCUAAACCAAAUGGCGAGGAAGGUUACGUGAAGGCCUUGGUUACAUAUAUGGUAACGAAUGAUUUGUCCGUGUCUCCAAUGUCAAUGGUGUCUGGUGUUGGUCUGCUAAACAAGUUCAAUAUCAAGGAUUUUGGUGUACUUGUGGAGAAGGUUGUUGACUUUGGGAUUGAUGAGGGGAUUGAAUUGCUGAAGGCUUCUCUUUUGUCAAAGGAUGCUCUGACUGCUGUUUUUCUAAAGCAGAAGGUCAGAGAUGUUGCAUCAAGACGUAAAAGAGGCGAUGAUGCUGCAAAGAAUUACCAUAUGAACGUUGAUGCCAUGACGGUGAAUAUGCUUAAUAGCAUACAGUUCUAUUUGCUUGCUGGGGUAUGAUGAAACGCUGUCAUCUUUUUCUCUUUCAAGGCAAAAUAUGUCUUCGCAAGUUUUUCCCGAAAAAACUUCGGAGUCUUGGAGCCCGACCACAGAGAGACAGGUUGAGCGAGCUCGCUCGCCUGUGUCUAGGGCUUAAGAAAUCUGAGUUUUUCAAAUGAUUUAUUUAUCACAAGUUGGUAAUUAUCAUGCCUAGCAAUGGAGCAUAGCAAGCAAACCCUUUCUUUCAAAGGCAGAUUCAAGAACUUCAUGAUUUGCUUCAUCAAAGCAAACAGAAACACCUUAAAAAACAGGUCAUAAAGGAUAGAGAAUAGUCAAAACUGCCUCUGAUCUUAUUGAAAUUAUUGUUUCAAGCCCGAUACUACUGCAAAUAUUUAGGCUCCCAAGCGUUGGAGGAGCUCUCUCUUAUAACAGUUAU